CCUGUAUCUAUAUAUAUAGUCCCAUCCAUGCUUUUACUCUGCUGCAGAUCACCAGCAAAAGCUAUGACAUCUCCCUGCUGCACCGUCUCCCCAUUUUUCCCACCAUUUUCUUUCCUCUCUGCUUUCCCGGAAUCCAAACACUAAUUAAUUACUUCCACUUCUUUCUCUCUCUCUCCCCUAUAUAUUUUCCAUCAUUGCAUUUUGGGCCAUUUCGUUCUGUUCUGUGUAGUCUUUGGUUCUUGGAGGAACAAAAAAUGGGCGGUAGAGAUGACGAGUUGCGGCUGACUUUGAGUUUAGGGUUGGGAGUUCCGACUCGGCCUUCUUUUCAGCCGACUCACAUUCACAGGCCAUCGCACUCCAUGCAUAAUCACAUCCGCAAUGGUUCUUGGAAUGAGCUCUUUCAAUUUUCUGAUCGAAAUGCCGAUUCUAGGUCGUUUCUUAGGGGCAUCGACGUGAAUCGGCUGCCGACUGUCGUGGACGGCGAGGAAGAGAACGGCGUUUCAUCUCCGAACAGUACCGUUUCUAGCAUCAGUGGAAAGAGGAGCGAGAGAGAAGCCGAGGCGGAGGCGGAGGCCGAGGCUGAGAGAGCCUCGUGCUCACAAGGGAGCGACGAUGAAGACGGCGGAGGUGGCGACGCCUCGAGAAAGAAGCUGAGGCUAUCAAAGGAACAGUCGAUGGUUCUUGAGGAGACCUUCAAAGAGCACAAUACUCUCAAUCCAAAGCAAAAGCUGGCACUUGCAAGGCAGCUGAAUCUGAGACCGAGACAAGUGGAGGUGUGGUUUCAAAACAGAAGGGCAAGGACGAAACUGAAGCAGACAGAAGUGGAUUGCGAGUACUUGAAGAGGUGCUGCGAGAAUCUAACAGGGGAGAACAGAAGGCUGCAGAAGGAGGUGCAGGAGUUGAGAGCGCUCAAGCUUUCUCCACAGCUCUAUAUGCACAUGAAUCCUCCUACCACCCUCACCAUGUGUCCUCAGUGUGAGCGUGUGGCAGUUUCCUCAUCUUCUUCCACCACCUGCCAUCCAGCAGCGGCUGCUGGUGUACAGCGUCCCUCCAUGCCCAUCAAACCCAUGGGCGGCGGUGUUGCCGAUUGAACGUUGAUCCCAUUUUGUGUUUCCUUGUGUGUAUGGAUGGGAAAUUUUGUUUGGGAGAUGCUGGUGAGUUCAUAGGUUGGUUAGGUCUGCGUAAUCCGCUCCCUAAGAUGAAUGGAGGGGAGUGAGAUAGGAAUGGACGAUGAGAAAUCUUAGGGUGAAAUUAAGAUGAAUGGAGAACCUUUUCUUUGCCACAAAUGAAAAGGGUUUUAUUUGGA